AUGGCGGACCAGCUGGGCAUCCUGCUUGCGGGGUUCACCAACCUCCUAGGCCUGCAACUGGCAUCCCGUCUUUUGACAUUUUUCUUCAACCUGCUGAUUGUGAGGAGAUUGUCUCCAGAGGAGUAUGGGGUGGCCGCCGUUCAAUUUCAUCUUCUCACAACAACAAUACUCUUCCUCAGCAGGGAGGGCUUCAGGAGGGGUUGCCUCAGGAAGGAUGGGUCACAAGAGCAUGAAGACAAGCAGCCCAAUGCAGAGUCCCUUGAGCUGCAGCGAGUUUUGGGAAUCUGCUGGCUUCCUAUUCCCGUUGGCAUUGUCAUCAGCACAAUCGUGUGCAGCUUCCUAUGCUGGUCGCAGACUGGUGAUGAUAGCAGUGCAUAUUGCCAUGCUGUGGUCCUGAAUGGUGUCGCAACUGUCAUCGAACUCUGCAGUGAGCCCAUGUAUAUUAUUGCCCACCUUUGGCUACGCUUUGAUUUGAGGCUUGCAGUGGAGGGGACUGCAACACUGGUCAAGAUGAUUUCUGUCCUGUUGCUGCUUGACUUCACAUUGGUCAAUCGGGCCACAAUUUUCGCUUACUCACAGGUUGCCUUUGCUGUUGUCUCGCUCAUCGGCUACGGCACCUUGGCUCCACGCAUUUUCAAAGAGGCAGGUGACUCUCUCACCUUGAAGACGAUGCUGACUUUCGACCCUGGGAUGAUGUCGCUGUCCCUCAUUUUCAGCUUUCAAGCAGUUGUGAAGCAUUUUCUGGCAGAAGGCUCAAAGUUUGUGCUGGUUUCUGUGGAGAGUUGGUACCACCAGGGGGUUUAUGGUCUAGUGAAUAAUCUUGGCUCCCUGGUGGUCAGACUGCUGUUCCAGCCCCUUGAAGAAUCUGCCUUUACAGCGUUCAGCAGGUCGGGUGUGUCGCGGAGUGACAAGCAGGGCAUGGGCCGACUCGUGAAGCUGCUUGCAGCCCUCGUACGAGGGGUCUCCCUUAUCGGCACAAUGGCCAUCACUUUUGGCCCGUCAUACUCCAAACUCUUCCUGCGCAUUGUGUACUCGACGAAAUGGAGCACCACAGAGGCGCCGACCGUCCUUGCAUUGUAUUGCGGCUAUAUCCCACUGUUAGCCAUCAAUGGCAUCACUGAAGCCUUCACGCAUGCCGUGCUUGACGUGAAGGGCCUCGGAUGGUCCAACGUGUUCAUGAUUGCUGUGACGCUCGUGCAUGUGGCCAUCAGCGUGGCAUUCGUCAGAACUUGGGGCUCCUGUGGGCUGGUGUUGGCCGAUGGACUCAACAUGGCCAUGAGAAUAGCUUAUUCCUUCAGGUGCAUUGGGGGCUACUUCCGUGGUGUCCCAUCGUUUUCGUGGACUUCAUUUGUUCCGAGAAUGGCUACAUUGCUUGGCGCCUUGGCGGCGGCUUUCGUCGCAGAGGCGUCUCGACAUGUGAUCUUCGACCUUCGCCUCCUCUCAUCAUUCGCUCAGCAGGCCUGCGUUCAUAUUGCGGUUGGUGCGGCCUGUGCUGCAGCCCUUGUUGGUCUCAUGUACUUUUCAGAACGUCAAGUCUGGACUGACCUUCUAGCCUUGAAACGAUCGGGAGAGAAGAAGGAAGACUAG